GUAACAGAAGACUAUAUAUCGUUAUUUCAAAGUAGUGCACCAUUUAAAUAAACCUUCCGCUUACAUUUAUUGAAACAUUUGCCGUAUAAACUUAGAGAAUUUUGAGGUUAUAUUGACAAUCUAUGAUGGUCGCGUAACGAGAGGGCUCUAAUGCAACGACGAUAUCAUAGAAAUUAUUCGAUUUCUGUAUUCAAGUGAUCUCACGAAAUUUAUACAUGUUACAAGAUGACAGAAGGUGGUGCAACUAGAAUGAAGCGCAAUGGCGCUCGUCUUUUUAAAAAUCCUCCUCAGCCUCAUAUGUGUAUACAAGAUUUCAUACAGGGCACUGCUGUUCCAUGUUACGUAAAUGUUUUAUCUUGGGAAAAGAUUGUGAUGCCAUUGAACCCUUCACAGCCUGUACGGUUUUAUGGUGGAAUGAGGGUUCGUCCACCACGUACAAAAACAGAAGCUGUAGUAUUCGCGGUAAUGGCCAAUCCCGAAAUUCUCCGAAUUAAUGGCAAAAACGCUCAAGAUCCAAAGAAGCGUACCAGCUUAAUAGAACAUUUACUAGACUUUGUGGAAAGGAUGAAUACAGGCAUAAUUUUUAUGCGACAAUAUACAAUACUGAAAGAUCGAGAUAUUACCGGUGAAUUAAAAGAAGUUUGGAAUGCAGUACAAGCGAGACGGGAUUUAGAGCAACCUCCGCCACAGCAAGAAACUUGGAUCGAUGCGCAGCCACCUGUUCCUCAAUAUCCUCAAUACCAAGAUCAUCAGCAGCAGGAUUACACAUCACAACCUCCACAAUAUCAUUCAAGUGUAGCAUAUGGUAGGCCAAUAAGUAAUGAAGGUAUGCAUUAUGAAGGCUAUGGUCAUCAAUCUCAGAAUCCAGUAAUUACACAAAACGAUCAGAUGUACCAAUCCGGGCAAUUAGUACCACAACAAUAUCAUGGAAACGUUCCUCGGAUUACACCGAUCGCUCCUAGAGAUCGUAGAGAUAACAUAGUACAGAAUAUUCCACAGCAAAACUGCCCUGCAUAUCCAGCCCCACAAUAUCAAUUUCAACAAUUACCUAGACAAAUGGUACCUCAAUAUGUAAAUUCGAAUGUUCAUCCUAAUGUCGGCCUUAAUUACGGCCCAAACACAAACGCGAACGUUAAUCCAGCUAUGAAUACAAAUUUAGCAGCACCUUACCAACAAUAUAUAGCUUAUCAACAGAGAAUGGACCUUGACGUGCGCAGAAUGCAACCACAUCAGCAACAAAUGCAUUUGAAUCAUGUGCAACCAGUUCCACAAUAUGAACCAGCAGCACCAUACAAUGCUCAAACAACUUCGUCGAUUAACGUUCUUAGAUUAGGUAGACCACAUAUGGGUGUUGCUCAGAAGAACAAUGCCAGUAAGAGACAAAUGAAUUCUCCUACUCAUUCCAAACAAUCCUCUUGUACAAAUUGUCAGAACAAAGACACAUCCGAUAAUGGCACAAAACCGAAAAGUCCCGUGAAAGUCUUGCAGCGCGAGAUAUCAUCGAAUGAUCGACAAGAUACAAAUAACCAUAUACUCAAUGAUAAUAAUAAAGUAGUCAUAGAAAAAGGUUCGAUCGAAGAAACAAACAACGUGCAAGUAACGGAUUUAGAUGAAGAAACUAAGAAAGUUAAUGAUUCUGAUAGUGAAGAGUUGUCUAGAAAACCACACGAUAUUCACACUUCAGAUUCGUCGUCGACGAACACGAUAGGACGAGAUACAUUGAAUUCUGUCGAGGAAAAUACAUCUGCUGUCGAAGAGAAACAACAAGAAGUAAAAAAUACGGAUGUUCCAAACGGGCAAAAUUCAUCAGAUCAAAAAUAUCCAAAGUCAAAAGCUACUGUGAUGAAAGGAAACAAACACAAAGAAAAUGCGGAGAAUAACAGAACGAUUCGCAUUAGAUUCGUUUCCGACCAAAAGAACGAUAGUCCAAAACGUUCUCAGACGGUUAAUAACAUUAUCAAAAGCGUUUUCAAAAUUCACCCUGGUAUGUCUGGUGAAGAAACGUCAAGUAAACGAAAGAGUAAUGGACAGGCGAAGAAUAAUGCUAAAAUUAACGGCGAGAACGAGGAGAUACAACCAGGAUAUAUGAUAUUAAAGAAAACGGAUUCAACCACUCAGGAAGAAAUAGUGAGCGAGUUAGCUCAACUAUCCAUUCAAGACUGCAAAGAUGCGACUGAAGUUGGUGCCGUGCUCUCGUGAUAACCUUGUUUGUACCUAGUAUCAGAUACUAGCUUGCAACUAAAGAGCAAUGUAAAUAGAUAGAAGAUUAACCAAUAAGAAAAAAAGAGAAAAAAAAGUCAGAACGAUAACAAAUGCAAAAGAGAGGGACACGAAAUCACAAUAUAUAUAUGAACACAGUCAUACCAAAAUAUCAAGACGUGCUUUUGCUGACCGCCGUUUAUUUUUCGACGAAUCCAUUCGUCUUCCUUUGCAUAAUUUUGAAGACGGAUCAUAGUGAAAAGUUUUUCAAUCGUGAAGCUGAAUAAUUUUUCACUGAAUUUAGAAUAUUUGCUGUGGGUAUACACAGAUGAUGAAAGAUUUUAACAUAAUCUAUACAUAUAUGCUAGAUACAGGUGGAACUUUUAGAAGAAUGAUCCCCGUUAACUGUUAAAUAACUUAGGAAGCGUUUAUAAUACGAGUUCAAACGGCAACAAGAAGUAUACAUUAAUUACAUAUUUGUUUAUCAAGAUCCGUCAAACAAUUUUGCUUCCAGUAAUAUCUGUUGAUAGUCUUCGAGUGAAAAAAUUAAACCCAUGGGACAUCAUCAACAUUUGCAGGCUGGAUGCAAGAAAACAAAUUUGCAACUUCCAAUCUUGGAUUUGAAUAGAUACAUGUCCAGAAUGAUACAAUUUCGAAACGAUUAUUACCGAGAAGAAAAGCUGAUCGAUACGUCUGGUAUUUCAGUAACAUAUGUAAUUUAACGUAAAAUAUUGAGUCGUUCCCGUAGGUUAGACCAAGAGAACAGUUUCACGAUGGAACAACGGCUGGUCAUCGCGUACUUACCUUUCAACCAAGCAAUUAGUGGAAUUAUACCGGGUGGUACAGAUUAGUACAUGUUCGAUAACAAUAUUGUGGAUCGUAGUACGUAUAGCUUUUAACAACUGAACUCAAAUUCUUGUCUACGCGUUGAUGCUUCCCUUGCGAGGACGUUUUUUGCCUCCUUUAUUUUUCAUACUCGUAUGCAGGAUUUCGCACUUGGAAAAGGAGAUUUCGAACAUUGCGUUUUUUGAGAUUGAAAAAACGGGAAAAUUUGUCCACCCGGUACAUUCUCUGAUAGUAUCACUAGUAUCAUAUAUUGAAAAAGAGGAAAAGACACAGAGCUGCCAAACCUCCAUAAAUCAUAUCAAAAAAAUUUGGAGGGAUAUUACACGAAUAAUUUAUCGAUUGACAAGCUCUUUCUCGUUGACUUGUUAUUCUACCGCAAUUUUUGUAGCUUGCCUAAGAGGCUUUCAAUCAUUCACAGAGGGAAAAAAGGACAGAAAGACAACAAAAAAUGAUAACGGUUCACCUUGCCAAUGGUUUACACCAAUAGAGAUUGGACGGUCAAUUAAUAAACUUGACUUCGUUCAUGGCAUGACCGUAUCAUAUCAUACGGUGCAUUAGUUCAACAUCGAAUUAACUACGAGGCCUCUGUAAAUUCGACGUACCGUUUUGCACUCUAAACAUAAAGUAUCGCUGCCACGCGAAACGAUAUCGUCUGCUAUCAAUUUACUUAGCGUUAUUAUAUACUGUCGUGCCGUGCGUUCUCCCGACGCGAAUUGCAUUCUUUGAUAUUUUAUAGGAAUAUACCCUCCAUAAUUCGUUUACAGUCGAUACAAUAAUCGAGAAACUUUUAAAAUGAAACCAAAAAGCAACAAAGAUAUAAAAGAAGACACAGAGGAUACAAACAACGUCAGCGUGUUCUGUCCAUGCAACUGAGCUAAUUAACUUCAAUAUUUUUGUCGUUCUCCUAAUUUUUUCUUUUUAGAUAUCUAGAAAACAUUUUUCUUUUUUAACUAUCUAGACAUUGUCCGUAUGUUUUCUUUUUUAGUAUAUUCAAGGUGCUUCGUUAGUAAGUCUAAGAUCUCAGCUCGUGAUACACAAACAAUAAAUUUAGUCAUCAAUGAUCAUGGCACCGGUGGGAAAGGACCAAUCCGCAAGACCAGGGUGCAAUUAACGAUUUCCAGAUGUCUGGAAACAGCGUAGAAUUCCUAAAACGAGCUGGCUCUCGGGUGGAAAAAUGAUGUGCUCGAUCUCCUUUUUCUUUUUUCUUUUUUUUUUUCAUCUUUUCUCUCUCUCUCUCUCUUAUCGUCUUCGGUUUGUAUGAACAGAAAAAAUGAGGGAAACGCGAUAAUAAUAACAACUUGACGCGUAUAAACCUGUCGCGUAUUAACAAAUGUUUUUACGUCCGUACGCUGCGCAAAUAACGUUACGAAUAAUAUACUGAGAAACAAAACAUCAUGUGUACGUAUAAUGCAAUACAUAUGAAAAGGUUUUUUCCUUAGUUUAUACGACAGCACGAAAUAAGAUAAAACAUUUACGGGUUUCGUGUUUAAUCCAAGAGAUUGCCCGAUCAAAUUAUCUAUAUUUUAUUAUUUUUCGAAAGAAAAAAAAAUGAAAAGAAAUUUACAUUUUAUAUAAAUCAGCGCCGUGAAUGCGUUGCUUUUUUUAAAACAAUCAUAAAUUGCUCAUUAGCAAUUUAUCGUAAUUACUUUAGCAGUAAGUCUUAAAUGCAGUCGAUUGUCAUUCCUGUCAUUGUAUUUCGUUUUACUUAUUUUUUUCUCGUUUUUUCGUCUUGUUCUAUCGAUUCAAAAAUAUAAUCUUUUUUUUGCAUGCGAUAAGAGGAGUGGAUGUCAAAUAUGACUGAAAUCGUCUUGCGGCGGAUUAUUUAGUUUCAUUUUAAAAUACUCGAACAACUGGAACAUGUCGCGAAAUGUUAGGUUAUCGAUCCGAAGAUCUUAUUGGUUUUAUCGAAUCUAAUGUUUACUAUCCCUUCUUAUCCCGUCUCUCUUUUUGUUUCUUUCAUUUUUAAACAUAGUUCUGAGCGGCUUGGCCCCUUCCUUUGCCAAACAUCCCCAAAGUCCCUCCUCUCAUUAUUGUUAAUAAUAUGUAUUCAGUAUUCGUGUUAUUUUAGAUUCUUAUUAUUAUUAUUGUCAGAUAUAUUCUGGUUUAUUAUAUCAUUAUUACCAUGAACAAUGUAAUCUAUUAUUAUUCUAUAAUACAUGGUUUUUCCAAAG